AUCAGCUUGUGAAGACAAGAGAAAAAAAGCAAGACCUCUAUCAAUAUCCUGCUUUAAUCCAUAAUUCUAUUGUAAAAGUGACUCGGAUUUGUGCGGAAAACAUCCAGGAAAUAAAUUAUAGUAUGUGAAAGCGGAGAAAAUACCAUCCCUUUUUAUGGAAAACUUUUGAAUUCUUGAAACUGACCAGUUAAUUGGUUAAAAUUCUGUGGCAUAUUGUAAAGAUUGGGUCCAGUGACGUACAAAACAACUCGGUGGUAGUCUACAUAAUUACGUUAGAAGAACAGUAGUGGAUGCUUCACUUGGAGAAGUAACCAGUUAUUGAAAACUUGUCGUGUGUUCAUGAGCACAUCUUUACAAUUAAGACACAGAACGACGCGACAAGCCACGUCCCAUUGACUUCUAUCUUCUUGCAUUAAUUGGCAGUUAAGGUUUUUGGAUCUAAAACUUCAUCGGAACUCAUAUUAUAUCCUCUUUUCAUAAAAGAGAAAAAAGAGAGACUUAUUUGACGUAUAAAAGUGAGUUUCAAUUAUAAGAGAAUUGUGAUUAUCUAGAGCUUAGCUACAUGGAUGUCAAAGUGUGUAUGAUGUAUAGAUUAUUCGUCCAACUGAACGCCAGCACAGUUAGUCAAUGAUCUACUGUGUGACACUAUUCCUAUCAGUCGCUGGUGGCUUAACAUGAAAACAUGCUAACAGGAAAUAGUGGGACUACUCUUUGAGGACAAGAAGGAUUUUUGGUUAGAAAACUUUGCAUACUGCAAUGCUUUUUUUUCCUCUUCAUUGACUUCUCUUGUUCUUGUCCACUAGCAAACUUUCAUUAACAGUGGGACUGUUUUGUAUUGAAUGAAUCUUAUCUGAUUAUAUAUAAAACCACCAUCAACAACAUUUCCUAUGGUUGUGGAACGAGGAAACCAUUUUACCGUGCUCUUAAAGUUCGUCCUGUCUAAUCCGCUGAUAUUCUACAUAGUUUUAAUCAUGGUAGUAUUGAGUUUUCGCUUUAGGAAAAAUAAAGUCGUACGUCUAACGCGAAAAUAUUAGUGAAUAUUGUUUGCCUAAGGGCUUCAUGUUAUUAUGGAUUCAUCCAAAUUUGGUUUUCUGUAGGCCAGACAAGUUGAACCUUUUUCAUCUUUCCGUCACAGAACUUGUAGAGUGAACAGAAUUACAGCAGAAAUCAACUUCAGGAUUUAGUGAUAGUCUGCAAAUGUGCCUUUUUCUAUAAAUACUUCGAAGAAGCUUAAGCUCGAUUUGAAACAUUCUAGUUCGUGUUACUGAUACACACAGGCGUUGGAAAUUCAAACGGAUACAGAUUUUUGCUAGUGUUUAAUAUUUUUAAGUGAUCUUCAUUUUUUUUUAGUAAAUGGGAUUUCUUAUGUGAUAUUUACAAAGUGCCACAAUAUCUUGUCAACAAGAUUAGAUAGACUGUCCAGAGAAUCAAAGCUAUAAAAAUUAUUUCUUCUCUUUGAGAUCAAAGAGGAAAUUGUGACAAAGGACGUGCUAGCGAAAGAAUCACAUUAUUUACAGUAAAUCUUGUGCUUUGUGUUGAAUGAUUAAACCAGAAAUCUGUGUUCAUACUGUUUAUCAUCGAAAAAACACCUUUCUACGCCAAUUAACAGAACUUUGAAGCAAGUCUUUAGUACCUCAUUGUCAGUCCGUUAAGACUUGUUUUACCAGCCUGACAUAACCAUAUUAUUAGUCUCUGCAACUUGUUAUUAACACGACAACAGGCGGACAAAGCUGUGAAGCUAUAAUUUCAAUAAAAUUAACACACAUUGGUGUAUCUUCCGGUGAGUUAGUGUAAAUAUAUUAUAACAUACAGUCCAUCUGGCAGAUACAACAGAUCUAUUGUAUAAACCUAAAGACAAUGGAAACAAAAGCCAGAAUUCAGAUGUAACUUUGCAUGUUCUCUUGACCGCAUACUUCUUCACCAGCAACAAGACGAACAUAUUUUCGCUAGUUUUAAUUCUGUGUUAUUUUAGAACAGUGUUAUACAGUUUUGCUGCCAUUUGACCAGUUCUUAUCAACCGGAAUACGAUAGGAAUAUAAAAAUGGCAGAGAAUAGGUUUCACACAACCUACAGUGAUUGGAAUAACUCCUGGUCUUCAGUUCCGUUCACUGAUACCGAUAUCACAGGAACAAUAACGGAGCUAACAACCAUCGGACCCAAUGUUUCAACAACUGUGAGUCCCAUGCGAGCAUUUGCGAUUUCAUACGGACACAUACAUGGAUAUUUCAGUAUAGUCGUAUGUAUUUUUGGAAUUAUUUCGAACAUAUUAAAUAUAGUGGUUCUUACUCGUAAACACAUGUCCUCGCCUACUAAUUUUAUACUUACUGCCUUAGCCAUUGCUGACAUGUUAACAAUGAGUACUUAUCCAAUCAUGGCUGUAUAUCUGUAUAUAAUUAGUAGGCCCGACUGUGAAGGAACCAACCAUACGAAAGAAUGGAUGUACUUUAUAUUGUUCCACAAUCUUUUCAUCAUAACUUGUCAUAACAUGGCCAUGUGGCUUACAGUGGCUUUAGCAGUUUUCCGUUAUAUAUUUGUGUGUCAACAUGCCAGAGCCAUGACUAUGUGUAGCAUGCAACGAGCAAGAAUGGCCGUUCUCAUUAUUGUCGUUGCCACAAUUAUGAUUUGUAUACCGAAUUAUUUGAUGUACACAGUUAUUGACUUGGCUUCCUUAAAAAAUAACACUGUCACAUGUUACUGGAUUAUUGGAUCUGAUAUUGCCCUUCAAAACCCAUCGUAUGAACAAUUUGUUCGCUGGCUUUUUGGCGUAGUAAUUAAAAUUUUACCUUGCAUACUGCUGACUGUGCUCAGUACCUUGAUAAUAAUUGCCAUGCACCAUGCCAAAAAACGUCGGUCACGCCUUCUUGGGAUGGUCAAACGCGCCUCAGACCAUGAUCACGCGAGUAGCGAGCAUAAUCGCACAACCAUGAUGUUAGUCACUGUGGUACUAUUUUUUGUGAUUACUGAACUUCCACAAGGUAUUCUUGCACUCAUCAGUGCUGUAAAUAAAGAGUUUUGGGACAAAGUGUACGUUAAUCUUGGUGAUUUAAUGGACAUCCUUGUACUUAUAAACAGUGCUGUUAAUUUUAUUCUGUAUUGUAUAAUGAGUCAACAAUUUCGGAACACGUUCAAAAGUUUAUUCGUAGGAUCGUAUUUCAGGCCUUUUUUCCAUAAGAAUUCAUCGCAAAAUGGGACAAGUUACAGUAUGGUAAAGACAGACACUACGCAGGUUUGAGGUUAUUUUUUUUAAAAUUCAGAUCUUAGAAAAAAAGAUCGUCUUAUAUAUACAUAUAUUCUGUCGAUUAGCAGAAUAAUAAACCAGAGUCAAGGUCUACAAUAUCAAUCUGUUCCAUAAAUUUAAAAAAAAAAUAGGUUAACCCUUACCCCGACCUCUCCAAAAUAAACAACCAAACUAUCGAUUUCAAAUAUAACUUCCCCCACCCUCGCCAUUGUAUAUUCUGUACUAAUAGCCCUAAAAGCUGAUAAAUUAAAGAAUUUCAGAAACUUCAAUGGAACAUGCAAUUCAAAGAGCCUUGUUAAAUUAUUACAUGGAAGUGCUGAUUUCACAUUCAAUAAAAAGAUCCAGCUUUAAUUACCGAUAGUGCAAAUAGUGCUUUACAAUUGGAAUUGGAAUUCCUCAUCAGCAGGUAAUCUCAACGUAAAUGCAAAAGGCAGCUUGUUAGGUUUUUUUUCGCGAUUAACAAACAAUACUAAAAUCAGAUUCGUAAACCAUUUGCAUAUUAUAUAAGAAAGUUUAAAAUGGUCACAAUGACUCAAACGAAAAUGUGAAAUCGGCUCUUAAUUAAUUUGUAUAAAUUUUGUUGAGUUUGUCAUUCAAUAUAUAUAAUUAUUAUUAACCUGUAAAAAAUGUGUUAUAAUUAGAUAAUCUAUUUAUGAAAUGAUUAGUUAAAAUGACAAAUAUUAUAUAAAAAACAUUGUAUAAACGAGCUUUAUUAGUUAUUUUCAUCUCAUGUUCGGGUGAUACGAGGCUAUAAAUAGUAUAAAUUAGUUGUGAGUUAUGAAGCUGUUUUGAUUUUAUAUAUUUUAUUUGUUGUGUAUUAUAAGUUAUGUGUUCAUUAACUGGAAAUGUUUUUGUUGAUAAUUAAAGGUGAUCUGUCAGAAAUAUAAAUAUACAGAUAAAUUUAUUAUCUCUAAUGACAAGGAAAUUCAUACCAUGUGAUAUAUCUUGUGAGCAUUAGUGUAUUAUAAUAAUAUGUCAAAAGACACACUGCUGCUGCUACAUCUGCUUCCUAUUUCUCAGAGUAAACUAAUGACUUAAUGGAACACACGAUAAAUCGAUUUUUCAAAAGUUCCAUUGAAAUUUCCUGUAUCUAAAUUUACAUUCAUCUAUCGAAUCAUGCCCAGUUCUUCAGUCUCAGUGCAGGGCCAAUUGGACAUAUCUGGUGCAAUCCCUCUUGUAUUUGGCUCUUGGUUCUCUAUAUAAAUAUAGUCUACAAUUACUGCACGCAGAACUUCUGAGCUAAUAAUCUCCACAAUUGCUGCAGCAGUUAUAUAAAACACAAGGCUCAAAUUGUUUGUUAAUGUAAUGAUUUCAAGUGGAAGACGACAAAGUAUGUUCAGUAAUUUAAAAGAAUUUGGGACGCACAAUUGUUAGAAAAUUUACAAUAAAGGUCUCUUCUACAUGUAAGCGAUACACGUAUGGUAAUCAUAUUGAUUAAAUAACUUGAAUAAAAUUUGAAGAUGUUAAAAAAACAUCUUCAUCGUUUUGGUAGACACAGAAAGUGAAAAGAAAUAGAGGUUUCCCACUGUCACAGAUGCUAUCAAUUAUAGGUAUGUGCGUUCUGGGCUUUUGAAUCUAGAAAAAAUCAAUUGGUUAAUCUACUGUGGAUUCAGUCGCGGCCAGUAUGUUUUAUAGUCUUUAAUUAAUGAACAUUUGAGCAUUGUUAGUUUGAACCUAUGAAAAAACUUAAUAAGGCCAAUUAAUGUGGUAAUCAGACAGUCGGACACCUGAGUCUCCUUCGUGACCUAGAAAGAAUUACAGAAGUUAUAAGAUGUAUUUAAGAUGUCCAUUCAGUCAUAAGAUGAAAGGAUUUCAAGCUUUUCGUAUUCACAGAAAUCAAUUAGAGCAAUUUUUGAAAACAAUCUUGAUCAAUGGUCGUCUACAGAGUCCACUAAGAUACUUGAUAAUGACAUUGUAAAUGUAAAUUUAGGUCGUACAAAAAUGGAUCGUACAGAAAUGGAAAAUGUCUGAGUUUUCGUCCACGGAAAAGAAUUUGUAAUGAUAUACAUUACAAUGUUAUGUAUAUCCUUGGGUAGAAUUAAUUACAACCCAGCACACGACAUUUUUCCUUUACAGACACCUUUUUGGAUCUUGAAGCACUGAAUUUUUCUAAAUUUCUUUUCUAAAAAUCACAUGGUUUUUUUUGUUGUUUUUUAACACAUCGACAGAAAGUUAUAUUGUGAUGAAAGUACAACCGGAUCUAACUGUGCUCGUUAUAAUGCAGGUUUCAGACAAAGUCGACAUAACUACCAACAGUGUUUUAGUGAAGCUCUUUGAGCACGACGAGCACGACACACUUCCUCCCUCUAAAACUUCUUCUGUCAUGACACAGUCUAUUACCGUUUAAGUUCCAUUCUUAAAAUGUGUACAGACCACAGAAUGAUAAAAUGAUUUGCAAUUUGACCAGUUACAGCCUAUAUUAGGUUUGAAAAUGGUUGAAAUUAUUAUGAAAAGAGGGUAAAAUAUUUACCAAAUUGGUAGUUUCAUUAGGAAAAACUUCACUAUUUCCCUAAUGUUGGGGUCAUAAAAAAUCUAAGACUACUGCAGUGGUAUGAUCAAGAAUAAAUUGUUUCUAAAAACGGACAUGCCAACUGUAAAUCCUUAGAUUUAUAUAUGUACUAUUGAUUGCGUCAAUGUGUCAAUAACAUUUUGGAAUAAGUUCCAGCUAGGUUUGAGUACCGGUAGUUUAAAAAACACAGAAAAAAAGACACUUUCAAUUUAUAACAUUUUGGAAUAAGUUCCAGCUAGGUUUGAAUAGUUUAAAAAACACUGAAAGAACGACACUUUUUUUUAAUUAUAACAUUUUUUCACUCUCACCUUCACAAACACUGUAAAAAAAAAAAAACAGCCUGUAGUUAUGUACCGAUCUAAUUUCCUUCCUGUUUAGGAACAGAUUCAGUUUUUUACAAUUACCAACCUGUCACAUGACUGACAAAGUCAUUUUACACAAAUCUCAAAAUAGACAGAAAUGAUUUAUAUCCCAUGGAGUUUCAUUUCCAGUGGUCAUGUACAUGAUGUAUCCGAUUAUCUUCUGUAUACUAGGAUGAUUGAUCGUAGAUUUCAGAAAACGAUUUUAACUUACAUAUGCAAGAUUCAAAUUAGUAGGAGUAGUGACAGCACCUUUAAUUUAACUUGACCAUACUGUGUCUUACUAUUAUCAUCAUUAUAAGUUAUUAUAAUUAUUAACUGUUUAAUUAUUAAUAUUGUUUUGAACAUAAUAACCGUUGUUGCAAAGUAAUUAAUUGUAAGUAUGAUAUGUAAUCAAUAAAAAUGUA